GAGAAACGCGCUCGACUGCCUGAUCUCAUGAAACGAUACUUGAAAAACAAGGCAGAAGGUGAUAGGUUACUGACUUUCGCCAUCCGGUUGUGCGAAUUCUGUGAUGACCUUGGGAUCAAGUUCAUAUUUGAGCAUCCGCAUGCCGCAUCAUCCUGGAAACAUCGUGCCAUGGAGCGGCUGCUGGCUCGACCGAAUGUCAUCUACACGAAGGCUGAUCAAUGCCAGUAUGGACUACAGGGUCAAUCUGGCCUUCCUCAAAGAAGGUUCGCAACAAACUCAGAGGCCAUAUCUCAGGCCCUAUGCAAGCUUUGUCCUGGCAACCACGAGCAUGAGGUUAUCAUUGGAGGUAAUCGUUCCCAAAGAUCACAGGUCUACCCGGAGAAACUCCGAGCAGCCAUACUGAAGGCCUACAGCCAGUCCAUCAACGUUGCUCAUGUUGAAACAGUCAGCUCGGAAAGCAUGCUGGCCGAGAACCACAGGCUAAACUACAUCAUCGACACCGAGUUCAGGGCGCUGAAGAGCCUACAACCAGAAGUACCUGUUGGUCUUACAGAAUGCCAAGACCCCGAUUUUCGAGUCCCUGACGGCCCAGAUUCUCGCCUACCUGAAGUACCGGCCUACGACACCGCCGAGAUCUUCGCAAAUGGAGAGGAUCAAGAAACCCAUGAACCAAACGGAUCCGGGGACCAAGAGGAUGAUCUGGAACCACCAUACGAAAGGGAACAUGAAGAAGGCGAAGCUCAGGAAGUACCUGAACAACAACUACCACUCCAUUCACGUUUUCCACUGGAACGCCUUCUGCACCGAGCACAUGUUGGUCUGGGACACCCGACCCCAGAUCGAUUUGUCAGGAUCCUUAGGUACGCAAAAGCCAAACCCGAAGUCAUCGAGGCUGCCAAGCAUCUCCGACGCACUCUAAACAUCAUCGACUGGUCCAGCAAGUUUCAACUCAUGAUCCCCAUGGACAACAAGAAACCAGGCCAUGUACGAGAGGCCUACAGACAUUGGCUACGUCUAUUCGGCCCUCCAAAACGAAUGGCCCUGGACCUGGGACGUGAAUUCCGAGGAGCCUUCGCAGAACAAGCAGAACAAGACGGAACUUUUGUUGACCCCUCGGCAGUUGAGGCUCCACAUCACCGAGGCAUCACUGAACGUCACGGAAAAACCUUUAAGUACCUCCUCCAGAAGACCAUGGACACCUUCAGCUGUGCCAACAUGAAGGAGUGGGAGGAAAUGGUCGACAUCACCAUGAUGACCAAAAAUAGAAUGAUGAACGUUGGAGGUUUUAGCCCCAGUCAACGGGUGUUAGGCUUCAAUCCAUUCCUACCCGGAGGUCUUCUUAGUGGAGAUGAUGGUCACCGAGGACAACAACCAGAAGCCAAAGUCGGCGACCUCAGUGUCGAACGGGCCAUGAAGCUUCGAAAGGCUGCUGCGCAUGCCUUCAUCGAAGCAGAUGCCAGCAACUCUCUCCGAAGAGCAGUAGCUUCGGGCCCCCGACCCAUCCUGGAGUAUGACAUCGGCGAGAUUGUCUACUUCUUCCGAAUGGGAGCUGACAAGAAACUGAAGUUCAAACCAUGCUACUGGCACGGGCCGGCAAGAAUCAUCAUGAUCGACCAACCUAGCACCAUUUGGUUAUCAUACCAAUCUCAACUGGUCAAAGCCAGCCCAGAGAGAAUCCGAAGAGCCUCGUUGGAAGAGAACAUGGCACUAUCUGGAUGGUUGGAAGAUCUCGUGCAGCUGAAGAAGGACAUUGUCACGGAACCGAUUCGAGGAUUCCUGGACCUGUCCGACCAGCCGCUCCCCGAGAUCUUAGACGAUGAAGCCAACAAUGAGGAGUACACUCCGACCGAACCAGAUGAAACUCCAGACCAGAACAUUCCAAUGGAACCAGCACUACCACCAGGACUACAAGAACCCAUGGGAGAACCUCAACGAGAUGAAGAGGUCCUACAACCACCCGAACCAGAACAGGAACGAGAAAAGAGAUCACAUGAAGAAGAAGAGCUGGAUGAACAUCCCAGCAAAAGAUCAAGAUUGGAAUUCUUAGAAGCCUACCUUCUGAAGGUGGAAAACCUGAUCAAGGGAAGACAAAGAAAAGAAGUUCGACUACAAGAACUUAACCACCGCAACCAGAAAUGCUUCAAGAAUGCCAUUGGCAAGGAGAUCCAGAAUAACAUCAACAUUGGUGCUUACACCAUUGUCAGCCCCGAAGAAUCCGCUCGAGUCAGACAAACCAUGCCGAACAAAAACAUGGAAAGUCGACUGGUCCUCACACCCAAGCCACUGGAACCACACGAAGUGGAAAAGGCCAAAGAAGAAGAAAUACUUCUGGAUUGGGACACUGAUGAACCCUGCAAGGCCAAGGCUCGCCACGUCAUGAAAGGCUUCAGUGAAGAGGGGGCUGAGAACAUUGAGGCGACCACUCCACAG